AAGAGUCGACUGUUUGUCGACUUUUCACUUUCCCAAAUUACCCCUCCUUACUUUUCGCCUCCCAAAACAAACGCACCCCUCCAAACUCUUCUUCCUCCGAACAGACAAGACUCCUCCUUCCCCGUUCUCCCAAACAACGCAUCCCAACUCCGAACGGCCCACCCAACUAUACCAUCACAACUCCCCACCGCUCCAAACCCACCCUGACCCCAUCCCGCCCACACCCCACCCCCAUCUCCAACCACCAAAAUUCCACCGUACUUCCCUAGACCGCCAGAGUUUUGGCCACCGGAAAGCAUUAACCAGCGCCUGAGAUUAGGCCGGCGGAAAGAAAUACCCACCAUUAAAGGAUACGAAAUAUAGGGCCAAUCAAGAGAAGAGACACACUAUCCUUGGUGUGUUUGAUUUCGAAUUGUCAGGUCCCAUGUCCAUAUCUUCCUUUGUAUGAGCGCCUUUGUUCGUGUCUGUGGUUCAAGAUGGGUUCUUCAUGUUGUCAAUUCCAUCCAGCAGAAAUCCAACUCAUUGUUGCUUUAAAAACUUCAAGAGAUCGUUCAUGCAAAAGAUGAGGGAUGGAGUACUUGCAACGUUUAUUGAUGAGGUCAGUAUGGGUAUUGGCGAUUAUGUUGGCGGUAGAAAAUGGAUGCAAUGGGUGUUUGGAAAAAGAAAGAAUUGCUCUCUUGCAACUCAAACAUUCCAUCAACUUCCCAAACCGCAUCGAUCAGUUGCCAUCUUGGGAGGAAGACGAUAACGUGGAUUGUUGCCAUUGGGAACGUGUUGAGUGUAAUUCCACUACGCAUCGAGUUAUCAAACUUGAACUUGGUGGUAUAACAGGAUACUUUCAAUCAGAUGGUUAUUGGCAUCUAAAUGCCUCUAUUCUUCUCCCUUUUGAAUCACUCCAAAGCCUAAACUUGUCUCAAAACCAAUUGCGUAGUUUCGUCGGGAAUAAAGGUAUUGGAAUUUUGCCAAAUUUCAGUAACUUGGAGGAGCUUUCUUACUUGAAGUCUCCACGUCUGGCUGCGAACGACUUGAAUGGUUCAAUUUAUGUCGAAGGUAUUGGAACUUUGUCAAAUUUACGUUAUUUGGAGGAGCUCGAUCUUGGCCAUAAUUAUCUGGAUAAUAGCAUUCUACCGUCUUUGAAUAAACUUUCAAACCUGAAGAUUCUAAAUUUGGCCAGAAACAAAUUGAAUGGGUCAAUUUCUGCUAAAGAAUUUGGUAGCUUGAACAACUUGAAGGAGCUGGACUUGAGCUCAAACCAGGUUGUCAGUAUCAUAACGGUCAAUGGUCCACGAGAAGAAUCAGGAAUAUUGAACAAGUUAGAGGUCCUUUAUCUGAGUUCUAACAACCUCAGUAACACUAUUUGGUCAUUUUUGGGCGAGCUUUCAUCGAUCAAGGCAUUGGAUUUGAGUGCCAAUUAUGGAUUGCACGGAGAUGUUCACAGGCUGUGCGAGUUGAAGACUCUCCAGGAGCUCGACAUUGCGGGAACUGGUUUUGGGGGCACCUUGCCAUGGUGCAUGGUGAACUUAACAUUCCUACGGCUACUGGAUAUCAGUUCCAAUCGGUUUACUGGAAAUAUUGCUCGGUCUCCUCUUAUCAAUAUGACAUCCCUCGAGUACCUUGUAAUUUCAGAUAAUGACUUUGAAAUUCCAAUCUCAUUCAAGUCAUUUUUUAACCACUCCAAACUUAAGUUCAUUGAGAGCUUGAAUAACAAGUUGUUGGCAGAGGAGAACUUUCUUACUACAUCCCCAGCUUUCCAACUACUCGUUCUUUGUUUGUCAAAUUCUGAACAUGGAACACUCAUCAAAUCAUUUCCCCACUUUCUCUACCAUCAACAUGAUCUUAGAAUGGUUAAGCUCUCUCAAAUCGGUGUCGGUGAGAAUUUUCCAAAUUGGUUGUUGGACAACAAUGCAGGGAUGGAAACACUUAUUCUAUCUCACAAUUCAUUGGGUGGCCCAUUAGUAUUGCCUUCGCAUCCUAUGAGAAAUCUUUUAGUAUUGGAUAUCUCUAAAAAUCAUCUGGAGGGAUUGAUUCCUUACAAAAUAGCCAUUUCUUUCCCGAGUUUAGACUUCUUGAACAUGUCUAUAAACAACUUUAAAGGCAACAUUCCCUCUUCGUUCGGGGACAUGACUGCUUUGUCUAAGCUAGACUUAUCCAAUAACAUACUAUCUGGUGAAAUACCGGUGCAUGUGGCCAAAGGUUGCCGCAACUUGUUUUUCUUGAAACUAUCAAAUAACUCCUUGAAAGGCCCAAUACUCCCCCAUCAAAACAAUCUGACUCGCUUGGGCGUGUUAAUUUCUGACAACAAUGGCUUCACAGAAAUUCCUCCUAACUUAUCUAAGAGCCCUUUGUUUGUGUUAAAUGUCAGUGCUAAUCAAUUGGUAGGAAAGAUCCCAGGGUUGAUUUGGAGUAUGUCGUUACUGGUUUUAACCAUGGCUGGUAAUCAUCUUGAAGGUCCUAUUCCAAUUGAAUUUUGUCAACUCAAACAUCUCAAAGUGUUAGAUCUUUCAGAAAAUAAUAUCACUGGGGCUGUACCAUCCUGCUUCAAUUCAUCAGAUCUCAGAAGUAUUCGGUUGUCCAAGAAUAGGCUACAUGGACCUUUUCCAAUGGCCUUUCAAUAUUACACCUAUUUAACGGUUCUUGAUCUCUCUCAUAACCAAUUCAGAGGUAAUAUUCCAACUUGGAUAGGCAAUCUUUCCGAGCUUACGGUUCUUUUCUUGCAACAUAAUUACUUCCAAGGCAAUAUCCCAAAGGAAUUGUGCCACCUGUCUCGGUUAAACUUGAUUGAUCUUUCUUUCAAUAAUCUUUCUGGCAACAUUCCUGCUUGUGUUAGUAACAUUACCUUCGAUGGAAUGGGACCUGAUGUGGACAUCCCAUCAAGAAUUUCUCGAUUUCAAUCCAAAUCAGGGUUACCUGCUGGUCUGGGGAUGGUGUUAUCGAACCGGAGAGAAAGUCGAGAUCAGAGUUCAGUUGGACUCAAAAACCUAGAAAGGAUAGACUUUGAAACAAAGCGAAUGUCCUUAUCCUACAAGGGAAUCGUUCUAUACCUUUUCUCAGGUAUCAAUCUCUCCCACAAUAGAUUAACCGGCUCGAUUCCACCUGAAAUCGGAAACCUUAGCCAUAUCAAAGCGUUGAACUUGUCCCACAAUAACUUCACCGGUACAAUCCCUGUGACAUUUUCAAACUUGAAAAGCAUUGAAAGCUUGGAUCUGUCCUACAACCACCUCAAUGGGAAAAUCCCCUCUCAACUUACAGAGCUAUACUCCUUGGCUGUUUUCAACCUGUCCUACAAUAACUUGAGUGGAAGGACGCCUCCAACAAUAAAGCAGUUUGCUACUUUUGACUCGAGUAGCUAUGUCGGAAAUCCACUUCUUUGCGGAGAACCAUUGCCAAGGAAGUGCAAUGCAACUGAUCAACCUCCAUCGACGCCAAGAGCCUCUGUCAAUGAUACCGAAGAAGAUUCUGGUUUCAUGGACAAGGAUGUGUUCUACAUGAGCUUUGCAGGGUCUUACGUAACUGUGGUCUUGGCGAUUGUGGCGAUUUUGUUGAUAAAUCCUUACUGGCGAAGGGCAUGGUUUCAUCUUGUCGAGGUUUUCAUCAUCUCCUGCUAUUAUUUUGUUGUGGACAAUCUUGUCAGGCGCAGGCGUGAUUUUCUUUGGAAAUAAGCAGCCAUCUCCUGCUAUUAUUUUGUUGUGGACAAUCUCGUUGGGCGCAGGCAUGAUUUUCUUUGUUGUGGACAAUCCUUACUGUGGUCUUUGUGAUGUAUUCGACUUCGUGUUGUUCACGAGUUUUCAAUUUGACGGGUCGUUCAAGGUGCAAAAGUCUGAUUUUAUUUUUUUCGAAAUCCUACGGAAAUCACACAUUACCUGUACUCUUUAUUGGGAAGUUUUUCUUUCUGAAUGUCUCCUUGCAAUGUGAAUGAACACCACCUGGUUUUGACAAAA